CUGAGUUCUCCCUAAGAUCAGUGUAACCCUCUGUGUGACCCUAGACGGAUAACAUCCCCUCUCUGAGCCUCGUGGGGCCCAGGAGCUGCCAAUGGAAAAGGAAGAGGAGCCUCUAGACCCUGAGAAAGAGUUGGUUGACCAGACCUGGUUCCAUGGAGCACUGUCCCAAAAGGAAGCAGAGGCCCUGCUGCUAGCAGAUGGGGACUUCCUGGUAUGGGCCUCCACCUCCACCUUAGUCUCAGGCCCAAGCCCCCUGAUGCUGUCCUGCUGCUGGGGUGGCCAACCCCUCCACUUUGAGGUGGUACGUAUUCAGCUGCGCCCACGCCCUGGCAGGCCUCAUGCCCUCUUCCAGCUGGAGGAUGAACGCUUCCCCAGCCUGCCCGCCCUGAUAAGCUGUUACGUGGCUACACAGCGCCCAUUGUCCCAGGCCUCAGGGGCUGUAGCUUCUCAUCCCAUAGUCCGCUAUGGACCUCCACGUCCUAUGACCUUUGACAAGAUCCUCCGCCGGCGGAGUCUGAGCGGGGAUGGCUGCAGUGAUGAUGCUCGCCAGGUCCACAAAGGGCUGUUCAGGUCCAAGGUGCUCAGUGGGAGCCAGCCAGCCAGCCUAGACAUCCUGGGCCACAAGGGAGGCCCCCCGAAGAGUAGCAAAAAAGCAGGUUCUCCAGAUGACCCCCAGAUGGCCAAAGUGGUACCUCCUGCUUCCCCCCUUUUCCGUACGGGCAGUGACCCUGUCCUACGUAGGGCACAGCAACUGGGCAUGGGCAUCCCACUGUGGGGCUCAGAUGGGCAGCUGCAUCCCAAGGUGCCACCCAAACCUCCACGGGCACCCUCUGUAAUGUUGCCUCCCACCUCCUGUGAGCUGGUGCCCCAGGAGAUCCUCCAAGGGAAGGAAAGGCAUGGGGAGGAAGCUGGGAGCAGGGAAGAAGCUGGGACUGGGGAGGAAGCCAGGCCUGGACCCAGAGAUGGACAGGAGACCGAGUCCAAGGCAGAAGCCUUAGCCGGGGAAGAAGCUGUACAAAGAGAAGAGCACAAGGAUCUCCAUGGACACCAUGCCCACCUCAGCAACAAAGAAAGUCUACAGGAGACCCCUUGGUGGGAAGAGUUGGAGCAAGAAGAAGCUGAAGAUUUUGUGAGACCCCAAGGAGGAGUUCCUGCUGCUCUCCAGCCCCAGGCCUUCUCGUCCUGCUUGCUGGGCCCUGAGAACCGGCCCUUGGAGCCCAGUGCCCUGAGGACCCUUCGUGCCCUAUUCCUGCAGCAUGAUGUGGGCACUAUAGCCCGACACCUGCUUCUCACCAACUGCCAGGCAGCCCAGGUCCUGGGUGUGACUCGAACUCAGCGCCAGGCAAUGGGCGUCCACUCAGGUCUGGAGCUCCUCACACUGCCUCAUGGUCACCAACUUCGGCUUAACCUAUUGGAAAGGCAUGAGGCCUUGGCCCUAGCCGCGGCCAUAGCGGUGGUGGGAUGCUCGGGGCCCGUGGCAGAACGGGUGGCCACCUUGCUUGGCCUUAUCCAGCUGGCACUAGCCCUUCGGGCCCCUGGAGGUACAGGAGACCUGUUUGCUCUUUCUUCAGUGAUGACUGCCUUGCAGCUGCCCCAGAUCACACGGCUAGAACGGACAUGGCGCCUCCUCCGGCAGAACCACACCGAGGCUGCACUGGCCUUCGAGAAGGAGCUAAAGCCCUUUGUCCGAGCCUUGGAUGAAGGGGCUGGAAUUGGUCAGCCAGGGGAGGUGGCCCUGCCCCACAUAGUGCCUGUGGCCCAGCUGCUGGAGGGAGUCCAGCUAUGGGGGUCUGAUGAGGAGAGCUGUGAACGGCUGCUUUGGACGCUGCAAGGAGCCCGAACCAUGGCCAACAACGCCUCCCACUACCGCGAGGCAGCCCAGGCCAGACUGAAGGGUGAGCUCUGUCCUCCCCACCCCCAAAGGAAUCCCCCCUCCCUUCUUUCCCCCUCUAAUCUCCUGGGCUCUUUCCCUUUCCCCCACCCAGGUUUCCAGCCCACCGCAGAGCUGUGUGAAGCCUUCCAGACUGAGUUUGCCCUGAGGCUCCUCUGGGGCAGCCGGGGUGCUGGAGCUGGACAGGCCGAACGUCACAAGAAGUUUCACCUUGUCCUCAGUGCCCUCUCCCGGAGACUGGAGCCUGAGGGCUGAGGUCACCUGAGCACGCCUACAAGAUUCAUCUUACCUGGCCAGGACUCCCCACUGUCCUCUGGCUAUGAACCUCCAGGGGCCUGACUCCCCAGGCUGACUGCUGCCACAACGCUAACUGGGACCUUGCCCCAGGGCACCCACACCUAGAGAAGUGAGAGCCCGGAGAGCUGGGGGGAGGCAGGUGCAGCUGAGCCCUCAUACCCAGUUUCUCUUCCUCCUCUCCUUUGCUGGGACCAGGAAGUACUGCUGGCCUGUCUCUCUCUCCCUGCCCUUCCAGAACCAGAAGGCUUCCAGUGAACUCACUACCUCAUAGAAGCUCUUCCUCCCAGUGGGCUGAAAUCUGUAGCUUCAGAACAUCCUCCCACCCCUCCGAGCUCUUCACCAGGAGCAAAUCUAGUUUUUCUUCCACAGUGGGAAUGGGCCAUUGCUAGGAAGCCCGCUCCCCUUCUGCUGUCUGUCUCCUCUUGGAUAAGCUCCUUUAUGCAAAGAACCUCACCAUAGCCCUUCCCACAAGUCACAGGGAUCAGAUCAGCAGAGAAGCUGGCCCAGGCUUGGAUGGAGAGCAUGGGGCUACAUUCCAGUGUCACAGAGCCAAAGGCUGGGCAGCUGGAAGGGACAGAGGAGGCCUUUGUGGCGCCCACCUCCAGUGUUCUUCGCACUGUUCUGAAGCGCUACCCCGACAGGUGGGUGAAGUCCCUGGGCAAGGACACAGCGGUCUGGGGAAAGAGUCCAGUGACACAGGCCGCCUACCGAGUCCUAAAUAAAGCUCCAAGUCAGGGGCUGCACACGGUCCAUUU